GCGCCCGGGCCUCCCGCGCCGCCUGGUCUCUGGUGAAGCCCGCGGCGCGCGCCUCUCCGGGACGCUGCAGGGUAGAAGAAUGUCACGUUUCAACUUUGGUACCUGAAAUCAUGCAAUUUCAAUAUAUGCAAUUUUCACGCCACAUGGAUGCAUGCCAACUUUUGCAUUUCCUGUGUAUAUCCUGUGACCAUUCUAUCUGGGAACAUCCUUCAAAGACUUCAUGCGUCUUACUGAGGACACCUGACCUUUUGAAGCUUCAUAAUUCACAUCUAGAUGUCACCAGUCUUUCCCAUGUUAACAGUUCUGACUAUGUUUUAUUAUAUGUGCCUUCGGCACCGAGCCAGGACAGCUACAAGAGGAGAAAUGAUGAACAGCCACAGAACUAUAGAAUCAAACAGCCGGACUUCCCCUCUCAAUGCAGAGGUGGUCCAGUAUGCCAAAGAAGUAGUGGAUUUCAGUUCCCAUUAUGGAAGUGAGAAUAGUAUGUCCUAUACCAUGUGGAAUUUGGCAGGUGUACCAAAUGUAUUCCCGAGUUCUGGUGACUUCACUCAGACAGCUGUGUUUCGAACUUAUGGAACAUGGUGGGAUCAGUGUCCUAGUGCUUCCUUGCCAUUCGAGAGGACACCACCUAAUUUUCAGAGCCAAGACUAUGUGGAACUUACUUUUGAACAUCAGGUGUAUCCUACAGCUGUUCAUGUUCUGGAAACCUAUCAUCCUGGAGCAGUCAUUAGAAUUCUGGCUUGUUCUGCAAACCCCUGUUCCCCAAGCCCACCCACUGAAGUAAGAUGGGAGAUUCUUUGGUCAGAGAGACCUACGAAGGUGAAUGCUUCCCAGGCUCGCCAGUUUAAACCUUGUAUUAAGCAGAUAAACUUUCCUACAAAUCUUAUACGGCUGGAAGUAAAUAGUUCUCUUCUGGAUUAUUACACUGAAUUAGAUGCAGUUGUAUUACAUGGUAUGAAGGACAAGCCAGUGCUUUCUCUCAAGACUUCACUCAUUGACAUGAAUGAUCUAGAAGAAGAUGACUAUGAAGAAGAGGAUGGUUGUGGAAUGGACAAUCUUAACAAAAAGUUUAGCAGUACUGCCCUCAGGGAAGGGCCAAGUAAUGGAUAUUUUGAUAAACUACCUUAUGAGCUCAUUCAACUGAUUCUGAAUCAUCUUACACUACCUGACCUAUGUAGAUUAGCACAGACUUGCAAACUACUGAACCAGCAUUGCUGUGAUCCUCUGCAAUACAUCCACCUCAAUCUGCAACCGUACUGGGCAAAACUCAAUGACACCUCGCUGGAAUUUCUACAGGCUCGCUGCACUCUUGUCCAGUGGCUUAAUUUAUCCUGGACUGGCAAUAGGGGCUUCAUCUCUGUUGCAGGAUUUAGCAGGUUUCUGAAAGUUUGUGGAUCUGAAUUAGUGCGCCUUGAAUUAUCUUGCAGUCACUUUCUUAACGAAACAUGCUUGGAGAUUAUUUCUGAGAUGUGUCCACAUCUACAGGACUUAAACCUCUCAUCCUGUGAUAAACUGCCACCUCAGGCUUUCAACCAUAUCGCCAAACUAUGCGGCCUUCAACGACUCGUUCUCUACCGCACAAAAGUAGAGCAAACCGCUCUGCUCAGCAUUUUGAACUUCUGUUCAGAGCUUCAGCACCUCAGUUUGGGUAGUUGUGUCAUGAUUGAAGAGUAUGAUGUGAUAGCUAGCAUGAUAGGAGCCAAGUGCAAAAAACUCCGUACGCUGGAUCUGUGGCGGUGUAAGAACAUCACUGAGAAUGGGAUAGCAGAGCUGGCGUCUGGGUGUCCGCUUCUGGAGGAGCUCGACCUCGGCUGGUGCCCUACGCUGCAGAGCAGCACCGGAUGCUUCGCCAGACUGGCACGCCAGCUCCCAAACUUGCAGAAACUCUUCCUUACAGCCAACCGGUCUGUGUGUGACACAGACAUUGAAGAGCUGGCAUGUAAUUGUACCAGAUUACGGCAACUGGAUAUAUUAGGAACAAGAAUGGUAGGUCCAGCAUCCUUAAGAAAACUUCUGGAAUCUUGUAAAGAUCUCUCCUUACUUGAUGUGUCCUUCUGUUCACAGAUUGAUAGUAGAGCUGUGGUAGAACUCAGUGUGAGCUUUCCAAAAGUGUUCAUAAAGAAGAGCUUUACUCAGUGACUUAAUGUGUAGUCUAUAAUAAAAUUAAUGUGCUUUUGUAGGGUUUUAUUUAGGGGUUUUGUUUUUUGUUUUGUUUAGUUUUUAUAAUGGUGGGAAUUAAGACAUUUGUAGAUUUUAAAGAAAAAUAUGAAUUUGUCCAUUAAAUCAAGUAAAAAUGUAAACAAAUGUUUUCACAAAAUAUUGCAAGCACUUUUCUUCAAGAAUGUGUGAGUAGCUCAUAUUAUUUUUACCUUAUGUCAAUCAGUGAUAUUAUACUUUAGUCAAUAAUUAUAUGUUUAGUAAAAUAGUACGAUGGAAACAUUUUAAAUUAUUUUUAAAGGAACACUUGGAGCAAUAAAGUAUCAUGAUAUUUAUGCAAAAAUAAAAUUAAUUUUUCACACCUCCA